UGUGUGAGCCAGGAUCACCGCUCCAUGUAGCGGAGAACCGCAUGGAAACAGUGAAACCCGAGGCGAUGGAACCGCGAAAGGACUAACAGCGUUACGGGAAAGGGGGCACAGGCUCUCAGUGUUGAGCUGAAGAACGGAGAGACAAAGUUGAGGACAGAACAAGCUGAAGGUUGCACAAGAGGCUGUCUGGCCCCAUGUCUGCCCCUGCUCCAGCCAAUCGGAGGUCUGCGUUGGGCUCUCGCCGGCGGACCCCGGCCCCGCCUAGUAAUAGAGAUCCCCAUGGCAACACCUCCCUUAGCAACAGCAGCAACUCAGGCUCUUGCAAAGGCAGCGACUGCAGCCCCACCAAAGGACGUCAUCAGAAGUACACGUCAUGUACGGACAACCACGGUAUCCGGCCCCCUCCACCAGAGCAGUACCUCACACCACUGCAGCAGAAAGAGGUGUGUAUCCGACACCUGCGGGCCAGGCUGAAGGAAACCAUCAACACUCUACAAGACAGGGACACAGAGAUAGAUGAGCUGAGAGGCCAGCUAUACAGGAUGCAGGAGGACUGGGUUGAGGAGGAAUGUCACCGUGUUGAGGCUCAGCUGGCCCUGAAGGAGGCGCGUCAGGAGAUCCAGCAGCUUAAACAGGCUGUGGACACUGUUCGCGCCAGUCUCAGUGAUGCUGGGGGGCUCAGCGGGGACAUAGGGGUCCAGAAGUACUUUCAGGACAUCAACACUCAGAACCACAAGCUUGAGAACCUUUUGCUGAGCAUGGACCUAGCCCAGGCUGGAUUAGCCAAGGAGGGGGAAGGGGAAAGUCCAGGGGGAAUACCCAAACCGGCAGUAGGAGGGAGGGGGUCUUGCUCCUGCGAUGCUUCGCCAGCCCGUUCUCUGACCCGGAGCUCCACUUACACUAAGCUGAGUGAUCAGGCGCUUGCGGACCGGAACGGCAACGGCCUGGACUUUCCUUGUCUGUCAGGUGACGGCACCCAGGACAGCGGCUUUGUGUGCUGUGGGGAGAGCAGCGUCCCCAGUCGGACCGACCUGCUGCUGGAGGCAGCCUUCCUCUCUGAGGAAACAGCAUCUUUACUCAACUCCUACGCACAGACCUUUUCCCAUUCUCUGCCCCAUUCUCUGCCCCAUUCUCUGCCUAGUAGCUCUCUGCCCCACUCUCUGCCCCACACUUACUCCCAUACCUUACCUCAUUCUUUCCCUCACAAUUUGUCCCACUCUAUGCCCCACACCAUGCCACACUCCUCCACCUAUGACAAGCUGUGCACAGGUGAGCGGCUGGCACCCCUUCGUUGCGGCAUGGGCGGAGUUGGCUGUAUGAGCCAUCCCUGCCUAUCCCACCACCACCUCUACCUGCACCCCCUGCGGGAGACAGGCAUUCAGACCGAAAGCUGCCCCAUCCCUGCAACGACAGGUUACCCCUCGGAUUUGGAUACCAUUGCGGAGCAACGCACUUUCCGCUCCCAGGCCUGCAGCCCCACCUCUACCUGGAUGUCUGAUGAGGGGGAGGAGGAGCUGGACUCCAUCACCACCAUAACUUCAGUAACCACAGCGACGAUGAUGAGUACAGCCACAGAGCCGAUCCCGGUCACUAAGACUCCUCUGGUCCCUCCCUUACCACGGUCCGCUACUGUGGCAUGUUCCAUGGAAAGUCCUGUAUAUGGGGAGGAAGAGGAAAAGCAGGAGAAAGAGAAGGGAGAGAAGGAAGCUGCAGCAAUGGAGCAGCAGGAGGAAACGACAGCGAUUAGAUUGGCAGAAGAAGAGCAGCGGAUGCAAAUGGGCUCAGAGGGAGGGAAUGAGGUGGAAGUUCAGAGUGCAGUAGAUGAGGUAGCACCAGGAAAACCCUGCGAUUUUGCAGAGACAUCGGCAGGGACGCAGGGUGAGCUUCAGUUUGGAGGAUGCUGUGGAGAAGGCAGACAGGGUGGGACACUGGAAAACCUCAGCAUGGAAGACAGGCAGCGAGACGUUGGUUUACCAGCACGAUCGACCCAGGUGGAGACAGCAGAGCUGAGUCCAAGCAGCCCAAGAUUCUCGCCAGACGUAGAACAGCCUCACACCUCCCAGCCGAGGAGAUCCUCUUCCCAUGAGGAGAUAGCUGGUGUUACUGUAGUGGAGUUGCACGAUGAGAACGAUGAUGAUGAAGAUGAAACUAAAGAACAAGACGCCACAGGGGGCGCCGCAGCAGAGGAGGGAGAUUCAACCAGCUCUGGCACAAUUGAGAAAAGCUACUGGAGUCGUCACUUCCUGGUUGAUCUGCUGGCAGUGGCCAUCCCAGUGGUGCCAACAGUGGCGUGGUUCUGCCGUGGCCCAAUCCGUGCCGGACAGCCCAUGUACCAUAUAGGCUCGCUGUUGCGAGGCUGUUGCACUGUGGCGCUGCACUCGCUGCGCCGGGGAGGGGGGUUGAGGCAUUACCCUGCAGGCGGGGGUGACCUGGGCGGAUCACAGAUAUAA